GGCUCCCUGCUGGCUCAGUUCAGAAGAGCAUGUGACUCUUGACCUCAGGGUCAUGAGUUUAAACCUGACUUUAGGAAUAGACAUUACUUAAGUAAGACUUAAAAAGAGAGAGCAUUCUUUGAAGCAAGUGUGAAGAGAGUAAGAUACAUUUUGGCCUGGGUGAAAACAUCCUCACCUUGGGGUAGGGUGUAAGGAUAAAACUUUGGUUAUCCACUUAUCCGAGUUAGCUAGCAAGAGGGGAAAAGCAGAGGUAAUUGGGCCAAAGGGCUGCAAGCAGUGAAGGGAGAGGGCAGGAGGAGGAGGGGGAAAUCAGACUGGCCAGAAAAUUGUAAAGGUCAGUGAUGCAAUCUUGCAACAGUUUGUCAUAGGCUGAGUGCUGUGAGGAGGGACUGGGUAAAGGGCGGCUUCAGAGAUCAAGUGUUUGAGUCCUUGCAAAUUUUAACAGUAAUCUUUUUUGGGGGGGGGGGGUUGGUGCUGAGGCAGUUUCCCAAUUUGGUUAAAAAAGGCAACAAUAAUAACUACCCUAUGCCGUGGCUAUUAGUAUUUCAGGUAAUAAGAUCUAUAUAUGCUUGCAGAUUGGGCAAGGUUACUUAAAUAGCUUUUGUAAAAUUCUACAUUUUAGUCUGUACCCAAGCAGUCAAGGUGACGUGGGGCCCAACAGGGGUUAUUCCUAGACGGUGGUGUCCUGGUGCUUAUUGUUCUUUUAAUGUUGUCAGACAGGAAAUUUGCGCAACAAGGGACCAAUUUGAGAUUAAUAUCAAUCUUGGCAUUUUCUGUGAAUCUUCCUUACAAUUUUGGAGAAGUCUCCAAUACCUGGCAGAAAUGAUACAUGAGCUUUCUCAAGAUUUGUGAGUGUUCCAAACAUUGUGGCCUCUGGAAGAGUGUAUGAUGUGUACCUUAAUAUCAGAGCUUUCACCUGGUUUCUUCUCUGAAAGUGAGUCAGCCCAGCUUUGGACCCAAAACUCUGAAAUUGACUCAAUGGUUUUUCUAGGACUCAGAGCCAACUUCACUUUCUCGAACCAUCGCACAUCUUCAUGUGGAGUUUACUGAGCCACCUGAUGUGACAUGUUCAAAACCUGUCUGGGAGAAGAAGUAUCGAUGUACAACCAGGAAUGCUGGGAGCAUUGCCCUGCUCUCGGGAGCUUAGCUCGUUGGCCCCCGGAGUGUCCCCUCAUCCCUUCUGGUCCAAGUCAUGGCUUCUGAGGACUUUGCAGCCCCUAAGGAACAGAGUGGAAUGCACAAAGCACAGAUUUUCGGGUUGGGCCCUGGGGCUUCCGUGGAUGGCCUGCUGCCCGGGUACUCACGUCCUCAGUCAGAACAGCUCCCUGUCAGCAUGGUGGGGAAACCCUACCAGUAUGUGCCUGAGCCUCUGAGAUGGGGAAUUUGGAUGCCAGCCCCUUCCUCAUCUCUGCCCACACAAGAGAGCCUGUCAACGUGGAAAACAAACAGGAAGGCACUUAAUGGUGUCUGUUCUGGAUGUUCCUACAGCAUCAUUGCCUCCCCAGGAGCCCCCAGCUAACACCAGUCCUCCGCUGGAACCAAGUUCCUGAAAGUGUGCCUCAUUUUCUUCAUCUGCAUAGGAAGGAUGAUUAAGUGCCAUCCUCUACAGAGAUGUAUGGCUCCCUUCAACCACCCCCACCCAGGACACCCAUGGGCAGCCAGGGACUGAUGAGCUCGCUGUGAGGCCUCUGAGACCGACCCACUUGCCCAGUCCUGUCCUGGGGGGGUGGGGGUGCUGUGACGGCAGAUGGGCGUGCCAGCCGCCAGAUUCCUGAGGCCCGCCCUGCAGUGGGCUACGCCCAGCCAGGGAGUCUCCAGAGGUGAGGCCGUUCUUUAAAAACUGGGAGCCAGGAGAGGAGCCCCCACAUUCAAGGGGUGCUCUCAGAGGCCAUCUGGAGAAAGAAGAGCAAGCAGCACGGAGCAAGGUGAGGUCCUCUGUGGGGAUUCCCCUAUUGGCUGAAAAUGAGGCCACUCCUACUCCUGGGUUUUGUCUUGCCCAGUUUCCUGUGUGCCCAGCAAGCCUGCUCCCGUGGGGCCUGCUAUCCACCCGUUGGGGACCUGCUCAUUGGGAGGACCCGGUUUCUCCAUGCUUCAUCCACCUGUGGACUGACCAAGCCUGAGACCUACUGCACCCAGUAUGGCGAGUGGCGGAUGAAAUGUUGCAAGUGUGACUCCAGGUUGCCUCAUAAUUACAACGGCCACCGAGUGGAGAAUGUGGUUUCAUCCUCAGGCCCCAUGCGCUGGUGGCAGUCCCAGAAUGAUGUGAAUCCUGUCUCUCUGCAGUUGGACCUGGACAGGAGGUUCCAGCUUCAAGACAUCAUGAUGGAUUUUAAGGGGCCCUUGCCCGCCGGGAUGCUGAUUGAGCGGUCCGCAGACUUCGGCAACACCUGGCAGGUGUACCAGUACCUGGCUGCUGACUGCGCCUCCGUCUUCCCCCGGGUCCGUCAGGGCCAGCCUCAGAGCUGGCAGGAUGUUCGGUGCCAGUCCUUGCCCCAGAGGCCUAACGGGCAUCUGGACGGGGGGAAGGUUCAACUUAACAUCAUGGAUUUAGCAUCUGGGAUUCCAGCAACUCAAAGUCAAAAAAUUCAAGAGCUGGGGGAAAUCACAAACUUGAGAAUCAACUUCACCAGGCUGGCCCCUGUGCCCCAGAGAGGCUACCACGCCCCCAACACCUACUAUGCAGUGUCCCAGUUGCGUCUACAGGGGAGCUGCUUCUGUCAUGGCCACGCUGACCGCUGUGCCCCUAAGCCUGGAGGCUCUUCCAGCCCCUCUACCGCUGUGCAGGUCCACGAUAUCUGUGUCUGUCAACACAACACCGCCGGCCCCAAUUGUGAACGCUGUGCGCCCUUCUACAACAAUCGGCCCUGGAGACCUGCAGAUGACCAGGACCCCCAUGAGUGCCAACCGUGCGACUGCAACGGGCACUCUGAGACCUGUCACUUCGACCCAGCUGUGUUCACCGCCAGCCAGGGGGCGCACGGAGGUGUGUGUGAUGACUGCCGGGACCACACCGAGGGCAAGAACUGUGAGCGGUGUCAGCUGCACUAUUUCCGCAACCGGCGUCCUGGAGCUCCCAUUCAAGAGACCUGUAUCCCCUGCGAGUGUGAUCCCGAUGGGGCAGUGCCGGGCGUUCCCUGCGACCCAGUGACUGGGCAGUGCGUGUGCAAGGAGCAUGUGCAGGGGGAGCGCUGUGACCUGUGCAAGCCGGGAUUCACAGGACUCACCUAUGCUAACCCACAGGGCUGCCACCGCUGUGACUGCAACAUCCUGGGGUCUCGUCGGGACAUGCCGUGUGAUGAGGAAAGCGGGCACUGCCUGUGUCUGCCCCACGUGGUGGGCCCCAAAUGUGACCAGUGUGCUCCCUACCACUGGAAGCUGGCCAGCGGUCGGGGCUGUGAGCCGUGUGCCUGUGACCCUCACAACUCCCUCAGCCCCCAGUGCAACCAGUUCACAGGGCAGUGCCCCUGUCGAGAAGGGUUCGGUGGCCUGACCUGCGAAGCUGCAGCCCUCCGCCAGUGUCCUGACCGGACCUAUGGAGACACAGGCACAGGAUGCCGUGCCUGUGACUGUGACUUCCGGGGAACAGAGGGCCCAGGCUGUGACAAGGCCUCGGGCCGCUGCCUCUGCCGCCCUGGCUUGACCGGACCCCGCUGUGACCAAUGCCAACGAGGUUACUGUGACCGCUAUCCAGUGUGUGUGGCCUGCCACCCUUGCUUCCAGAGCUACGAUGCUGACCUCCGGGGGCAGGCCUUGCGCCUCAGCGGCCUGCGCAAUGCCACUGCCAGCCUGUGGCCAGGGCUGGGUCUGGAGGAUCCUGGCCUGACUGCCCGGAUCAUGGGUGCAAAGAGCAAGAUGGAGCAGAUCCAAGCAAUUCUCGCCAGUGCCUCGGUCACCGAGCAGGAGGUGUCCCAGGUGGCCAAUGCCAUUUUCUCCAUCAGGCGGACUCUCCAGGGCCUGCAGCCUGAUCUGGCCCUAGAGGAGGAGACCUUGUCCCUCCCGGGAGACCUGGAGAAUCUGGACAGAAGCUUCAAUCGCCUGCUCAUUAUAUAUCAGAGCAAGAAGGAACAGUUUGAAAGGAUAAGCAGUACGGAUCCUUUAGGGGCCUUCCGGGUGCUGACUGCAGCCUACCAGCGGUCCUCCCAGGCUGCUCAGCAGGUCUCCGACAGCUUCCACCUGCUCCUCCAGCUCAGGGACAGCCGGAGAGAGGCAGAGAGGCUGGAGGGGCAGGUGGGAGGAGGAACGGGAGCCGGAGGUCCCCAGCUCGCAGCUCUGAGCCUGGGGAUGGCUUCCUUGCCUGAUCUGAUGCCCACCAUCAACAAGCUCUGUGGGGGCUCCAGGCAGACGGCCUGUACCCCAGGAGCGUGCCCCGGAGAGCUGUGUCCCCGAGACAACGGCACGGCAUGUGGCUCUCACUGCAGAGGCGUCCUCCCCAAAGCGGGUGGGGCCUUCCGGACUGCGGGCCAGGUGGCCAGGCAGCUGCAGGGUUUCAACACCCAGCUCCAGCAGACCAGGCAGAUGAUCAGGGCGGCAGAGGAGGCCGCCUCGAAGGUGCAGUCGGACGCUCAGCGCCUGGAGACCCAGGUGAGCGCCAGCCGCUCCCAGAUGGAGGAAGAUGUCAGACGCACACGACGCCUCAUCCAGCAGGUCCGAGACUUCCUGUCAGACCCUGACACUGAUGCAGCCACCAUCCAGGAGGUCAGCGAGGCCGUGCUGGCCCUGUGGCUGCCCACAGACUCCGCCACCGUCCUGCGGAAGAUGAAUGAGAUCCAGGCCAUCGCAGCCAGGCUACCCAAUGUGGACCUGGUGCUGUCACAGACCAAGAAGGACAUUGCUCGGGCUCGCAGGCUCCAGGCUGAGGCUGAGCAGGCCAGGAGCCGAGCCCACGUGGUGGAGGGCCAGGUGGAGGAUGUGGUGGGGAACCUGCGUCAGGGCACAGUGGCACUGCAGGAGGCUCAGGACACCAUGCAAGGCACCAGCCGCUCCCUUCGGCUUAUCCAGGAAAGGGUUGCUGAGGUUCAGCAGGUGCUGGGGCCAGCGGAAAGACUGGUGGCCGGCAUGACGGAGCAGCUGGGUGACUUCCGAGCACGGAUGGAGGCGCUCCGCCUGCAGGCUAGGCAGCAGCGGGCACAGGCAGCUCAGGCCCAGCAGCUCGCGGAAGGCGCUGAACAGCAGGCGCUGAGCGCCCAGGAGGGAUUUGAGAGAAUAAAGCAAAAAUAUGCUGAAUUGAAGGACCAGUUGGGUCGUAGCCCCAUGCUGGGGGAGCAGGGAAGCCGGAUCCUGAGCGUCAAGACAGAGGCAGAGGAGUUAUUUGGGGAGACCAUGGAGAUGAUGGACAGGAUGAAAGACAUGGAGUUGGAGCUGCUUCGGGGGAGCCAGGCCAUCGAGCUUCGCUCGGCAGACCUGACGGGGCUGGAGAAGCACGUGGAACAGAUCCGCGACCACAUCAAUGGGCGUGUGCUCUACUAUGCCACCUGUAAGUGACGUGCCGGCUUCCAGCCCCUGGCCCUGCCCGUCUGCCCUCUUUACUUUUGGAGGACAGACUGGGUUGGAAUGCUUUCCAGCUCCAGGAGACUUAUACAGCCGAAAGCACAGUGUGGUCCACCCCUGGUGUGCAGCUGUUAAGAUUGUUCUGGGCUGCGGCUGAGCCCGAGAUGAUGGGAAAUUACAUUUGAGAGACAGAGAGGGUGGAGGCGGGCCGUGCCUUUGUGACGGGGAGCUCUCAAGUGCAGGGAGCUUGACCGGGCAGCGUGCAUGCCCUUCAUCCUCCACUGAGGCUGAGUCCUGGACGAACCCAAAAUCUUAACAAAAAGUGAUGUACAAACUAAAAGCCCAAUAAAAAUCUUUGGAAAGAAGUCUGGAGGUUGAAAGA